CGGAAGCGCUGAGGUUUCUGAUUGGCUAAUCCCCCUGCGCUGGGUACAGAACGCGGUCACUGAUUGGCUGAGCGCCACCCCCGCAUCCUUCCUGGAGACUCGCGGUGGCAGCGGCGCAGGCUUCACGGAGCGACAAUCCGUACGCCGAGGGAGCCAUGUUGAUGCCUUGUUUUGUGUCAACCGUUGCACUUUGGAUGGUCAAAGGACUGCGUCUCGAGGCGCGGGAGCCUUAGCGGUGAUUCCAGCAUCGCUAUGAGAAGAGGAGAGCGGGUCGGGACGGUUCAGGGCGCGUCAGAGGAGACUCUUAGGUCACGCGAGUGAUUCAAAGCAAGAGAACUUGAUGCUAGUUAGCCGGAUAGCUCGGUAGCAACAGCCGUGCGGACGCGGAGUGGGAUGAGCCGUGUGGACUAGAACUAAACCGUAUUUUCUGGUUGUUGCAUCUCGUUGUGCUGAUGUGAACUAGACUGCUCGGAGACCUGGUAACAGCGGGGCGGAUGGGUUCAGCGUAAGCUGCCUUUUGUAAAGCUAGCUAGUCGUUAGCUAACAUUAGCAUGCUGAUAAUCAGCUCGCACCUUUAGUCACGACUACCAUUUGCUGACUGAGUGGACGUUAACGUGUCGUUACUGUCAGACAAUCUCCCAGUGGAGCACCGUGUUGUCAAACGUGCCCCGAGUGGAGAUAUGGCGAUGCAUCCGGUCUCUGUGGAAAGCUACCGAUUCGCUUGCCCAGCUCGCCCAGCAGCGGCUAACGGGCUAGCAGCAUAACUUUCAUCUCACGGUGUCACUCAGAAGCUGCAGAGCCCACUUCCUCGUUAGCCGACGUCCCACACCAGCAGCAAGCUGGCGGCCCUCCGAGUAGAAGCCGAGGACAAGGAGCUGGGGCCAAUGGCCUGGGUGCUGAAGAUGGACGACGCCACCAUAGAGUCGGGGCUGGUGCACGACUUUGACGCCAGCCUGUCCGGCAUCGGGCAGGAGCUGGGGGCCGGAGCCUACAGCAUGAGCGAUGUGCUGGCUCUGCCGAUAUUCAAGCAGGAGGACUCCAGCCUUCCUCCUGAAAGUGAGACCAAAAAUCCCCCAUUCCAGUAUGUGCUGUGCGCCGCCACCUCGCCUGCUGUCAAACUGCACGACGAGACGCUCACAUACCUGAACCAAGGCCAGUCUUACGAGGUGCGUAUGUUGGACAACAGGAAGCCAGAAGAGCUACCGGAGCUCAACAACAAGAUGGUGAAGAGCAUAGUGCGUGUGGUGUUUCAUGACCGCCGGCUGCAGUACACAGAGCACCAGCAGCUGGAGGGCUGGAAGUGGAAUCGCCCUGGCGACCGUCUCCUUGACAUCGAUAUCCCCAUGUCAGUGGGCAUUGUGGAGCCAAAGACUCACCCCUCCCAGCUUAACGCUGCAGAGUUCCUGUGGGACAUGAACAAAAGAACUUCUGUUUUUGUGCAGGUGCACUGCAUCAGCACAGAGUUCACUCCGAGGAAGCACGGUGGAGAGAAGGGCGUCCCCUUCAGGAUCCAGUUUGACACGUUCGCCCAGGGAGACUGUGGAGAGUACACGGAGCACCUCCACUCUGCCUCCUGCCAAAUCAAAGUCUUUAAGCCAAAGGGGGCGGACCGUAAGCAAAAGACUGACCGGGAGAAGAUGGAGAAACGUUCACCACAAGAGAAGGAAAAGUACCAGCCUUCUUAUGAUACCACUAUCCUGUCAGAGGAGAGGAGGCCCUCGUCCACAAUAAAUCAGAGCAAAAUGACGAGGCUUGAACCCAUCAUAGAGGAUGCGGGUGACCACGAGCUGAAAAAGUCCAGCAAGCGGACACUUCCCGCUGACUGUGGCGACUCCUUGGCCAAGAGAGGCAGUUGCUCCCCGUGGCCAGACGCCUAUGUCAGCCCCAACCAGGCAGCUACUCCCUCCUUCACCUCCACCCCGCUGUCCACCUACACAACCUCCUCAGUACCAGACAGUGACUCGUCCUCACCCAAUCACCAGGCAGACCCUGGUAGCCAUGGCACCUCGGAGGUUAGCCUCCACUCUUCUCACCUGUAUGAAUUGGUGGAAAAGCAGUUGAGCCCCACUGCCUCCAUACAGGACGCACAGAAAUGGCUGCUGAAGAAUCGCUUCAGCUCCUACACACGGCUCUUCUCUCACUUCUCAGGUUCUGAUUUAUUGAAACUAACCCGAGACGACCUGGUCCAGAUUUGUGGGCCAGCAGAUGGGAUCAGACUCUUCAAUGCACUUAAAUCCAGGUCAGUGCGUCCCAGGUUGACAGUGUAUAUCUGUCAGGAGUCCCCCCAGGAGAGCCCCCUGCUGGAGACACACGCCACCAAUGAAAAUGGAGAACACAGCAUUUCUUCUAGUUUACACGUGUAUCAUGCUCUGUAUCUAGAGGAUCUCACAGCUGCAGAACUGAUCCGCAAGAUGGCGUGUGUGUGCAGCCUUCCACUGGGAACGAUCAACCAGGUGUACAGACAGGGUCCGACCGGCAUACACAUCCUGCUCAGUGACCAGAUGGUUUACAACUUGCCUGACGAGAGCUGUUUUUUGAUCAGCACUGUCAAAGAUGAAGUGGGCGAAGGACUCCAUCUAAUCCUGAAGUAGUGAGGAGGACAGAUGGCAUCACUAAUACUCCACCCUCUGUUUUGGAGCAUUAGCCUCCCUGUGUCCCCCUCUGCCUGCCUCCACUCUUUCCUCGUACUUCCUCCCGUUCUCUCUGAACACUCGCUCGAUGGGAAGCAGUCAGACUGCGCUAAAGCCAUGUAAAUGUUAGAAUCUGACAUGGGUGUGUCCACUGUUUCAUAUUGAAAACACUAUUAAUGGAGGAGUUCAGUUAAAAGAGGAGAGACGGGGGGUGGCGAGGAUAUGGUGUUAGGGGAAAGCUAAUGAUGUAUGUAUUUUGAUUUUAUUAUUUUAUUAUUUGUCUUUUUAUAUGGUUUCCAUGUGGAUAAGGGGAGGGAGGGGGCUCCAGGAUAGAGGGGAGAGUGACGUUUUGGCCGGCAGCAGAAGGAAAGAAAGCCGAGUUUCCUUAUCGCUCAUUUACCUUCUUACACAAUGCGCUCAACCAGCACGAGGCCAGUAUUUUGAUAACCUUUACUGCUGAACAGCAUGCGAUCUCAACAUACUAACCUGCUUAAAUGAGAAUCCCACAUUUUACUCGGCUUGUUUAACAUUGUCGACGGGGUUGGCUUAAUAAACCAUUUAUUGAUCAGCUGAUCUUGGUGACCCCUGAAAUAUCCAAGCUAAAUUUGUGGACGUUGCAUCAUUUGUGGAUUUUGACACCAACAUUAAUUAUUUUCGGACUGAUUAACUAUCGUCACUUAGUCAUGUGAUUUUAGACUUCCUGCCAUAUCUCUCUGUCUGUUAACAUGACAUGACACUCUCUUCAUGUUCAGCCUGCGCUUUUACUGUUUUUAGUUGAUGCUUUAUUUAAGGAGCAGCUGUUUCUCAUGCUCUCGUUGAAUUUACUUGUUUUUGGUGCCAUAUUGGCUUUUUAGCUCAAUCUUUUACUCACAAAGACCUCGUCUUUGACUCCUGGGCUUUCUGUGCUGCCUGUAAACACUGGUUUAGCCUUCUGGGAUUUUGGCCAAGAAUACGCAGAAAAAGAGGAACAAACCUCUAUAGCAGACUGACAUGCAGAGCAUUAACGCCUAUCCAAAAACCUUCUAUAAUGUGGACCAAACGGGUUUUAGAUUGAUAGGCUUUUAUUUUAUUUUAUUUAGGAAAAGCCUCAUUGGUUCUUGGUCAUUAGUCGCAUUAAUAGAAUUGAUCUGAAGGAAAAUAAAACCCUUGCUUGUGCGCUGCAUGUACAUGGUAAUAAACACUCCCUUCCAGGAUCUGCCCUACGAGGAACAACCCAUCACACAGCAGGCUGGUAGAAAUGUAUCACAGCAGUAGCCUGGUUUUAAUAGUCUUAUCCUGUAGACUAGAACAUCUCGGCAGCUCCAUAUCCAUCUUCAAACUCCUGUUUUUUAAUGUAGCUGAACACAGGAAGUGCAGGUCAUGUCAUUUCGAGUGCCCUUUGAAAAGUGACAGGAAAUCUCACACAGGUCCUCAGAGUCGCCGUUGGUUUAGUUGACCCACUUUAAUUUUGAUACACAAAGUCUGGCAGUGCAUACAGUUUGCACGCCUCUAAGUGUCAGAAUGUGUGUGCAUGUGUAUCAUGUUUUGUUCUUGCAAAGAAAACUUAAUUAUGUCAGUAGUUGUCAUGAACCUUUUCCUGUUGGUAUGAUGAAACUGUUUAGCUUGCUGUUUAGUAAAGAGCAUGUGGAAGAUGGGGAAAGGAGGGAGUGGGGGAUAAUUUGGUUCAGUAUAACACCUUGUUUUUCCAUGUUAGAGACCAAGUCUGCACUGAGAAAUCACAAAACUCAAGCUCGAUGUGUAGUCAGUAGUCCUACAGCCACACCCUUUUCUUACCCGCCAAGAAGGAGGACAAAAAAAAAAAAGAAUGUUGAGACUAUAAAGCAUCCAUGUUUUGUCUCACCGUGCGCCAGAGCCAGGACUGUAGCUCUUGUGGUGUUUACAAGGACACGAGUACCACAACACAGUAAACUGUGUUCAGUAAUAGAGCGGAUGUGAUACCAAGUCAGGCUAACUCUGGUGAGCAGCGUUGGUCCCCUGAAGGCCUGACCAAUCAUCUUGUGUGACUGAGCGUGUGUGUGAAUGAGAGACUGUGGGCGGGAGAGGCGACCACUGUCAAUGUACAGCCUAAUGUCAAUGAUGAUGCUUCUCAUGUGCACAGUAUCGUAUGCUGGAGAUGUACACAACCACAUGUGCUGGGAAUAAAUGAUUUCAUAACUUUC